GACAUUUCUGAUUUAACGUUUUUUCUGUGCUGUAACCUUAAAAUUUGAUAAAUAUAAAUUUAAUCCAGAAUGAACAAUAUUACCAGAAAGCUCUUAAUUGCUUCUAAUACAUAUUUUAAAUAUUUUUCUACAGAAAGCAAUGCCAAAAUAAAAGAUCUAGUCACUAAAUCCAAAGUAGUGUUGUUCAUGAAAGGAGUACCUGAACAACCAAGAUGUGGUUUUAGUAAUGCUGUAGUACAAAUUUUGAGAAUGCACGGUGUAAAGUAUGAAGCUCACGAUGUUUUACAAGAUGAUUCAUUGAGACAAGGCAUAAAAGAAUUUUCUAAUUGGCCCACUAUUCCUCAACUUUAUAUAAAUGGGGAGUUCAUUGGAGGUUGUGACAUCCUUUUAAAUAUGCAUCAAAGUGGCGAACUGAUUGAAACUCUUGAAAAGGUGGGCAUUGAUAGUGUCCUGAAGCAACCAAGUGAAGAGAAGAAAUGAGUUUAAUUUAGUAUGAAUAGGAGUUUAAUGUAAUAAAUUUAUUUGCUGUUGAA